AUGAAGUCGCCAUUGCUGGCCAUUUUGUUGGUACGCUCAUCAUCCCGAGGUACCAACAUUGUAUUUCAAUGGCCUACAAGGAUCAAACGGCACAAGAAGAAAUCACAUAUGCGGUAUUACACCAAUGAUGAUAGCGAAGACGUAUUUGAGGAUCCCAUGGCGACCCAUAAUGAUAGCGAGUCUGAUACGGACGACUCCAACUCUGAUGCUUAUUCAUCUUCAUCGGAAGGCAGUUUCAACGAAGAUGCUGUUCGUCUGCGUGUUGAUGAUGACGAUCGUUUGGAUCGCGAUCUAGGGCCGAGCCGACUGCAGCGCGAUGUGGGCAGUAGUCAGAGCUUGCGUGGGAGCCGUUUCGGGGCCCGCGGUACAUCGCCUGAUAUGCGAUCAUCUGCCAUACGCAGUAGGAGUGCAUCACGGCCUCCACGAAUGUCGGCAUCUUCCUAUGCCUCGUUCGAAAGAGAGUACGAGGAGAAGCGCUUAAGGAGCUUUACUACGUGCUUGGACUUUGACUCGGAAAUGCUAGCCUCGAUUCUUACGCCUCGUAUUGAACAGUGUCACCAGCGCUUUGAGUUGUCUGUGGAUGAUAUUACGUACUUGGGCCACCCCGUCUCCUAUACGGAAAAAUCGGAGGAUCCCAAGAGCAAGCAUGCCACAAUUUUCAACGUGGUUUUUGUGUUCGACCGGUCGAACAUGUAUCCCUCCAUCCCUGUGAUCAAUCCUGUCACAUGGUUUAACCUGUUCUAUUCUAUUCUUUUCAAGCUUACUGCCGUGUUGGCCGCAGAAGAGUUUCGAUCCGGUUACAUGUCAGAGCAAUGCUUGGGCUUGAUUCGUUUGCGGGAGGAGUUCGCGCAGAAUGGAUGCUGGUACCGAGACUUUUUGCACAGUGCCUUGGACUCAUUCACACUUGCAGGAACGUUGAAAGAAGCUUACCGUGGCAUAUCGCGGCAUCGGAAUGUGGAAAUUGAAAUCAACAACUCGUUUGAUCUCAAUCUACAGCUGCCUCUUAUCCUGCGCCAUCCGGAAAAGGCUAUGUGGGCGGAUGAAGUGCAAUGUGUCUUGGACCCGCACGAUCCUAUUGUCAUCCGCGGAGAUGGCCAGGAGCCACGCGAUAUGGCGAGCAUGACGAGUAUUUCGAGCCAGAAUGGUGGUUACUUGGAACCUGUGUUGAAAGAAUGGACACGCACUACAGGUCCGUUCUUGCGGCCAUGGCAAACGCUGCUUCUGCCUGAAGAGGCGUAUAGCUCCGAUACGGAUGCGACGAUAUAUGCGUCUACACGUGCCUUGAUUGAUCUCUUUCGGCCUACUGUGCGUGGCAGUCGUACGUUCUUGCAGGCGGCUGAGAUUCUCGGCUGGGAUCUGUACAAAGACGUAUAUCCUAUGGUUCGUCAUUUGAUUUAUUACUCCAAUGCCCCUGUGAUCAAUGUGCCACGCAUUCAGAACAUCUAUGCGAUUAACCCCACCUUCAAUACUAAUGACCUGGCGGCACUAUCGGAAGCCUGGGCUGUUCGAUUUUCGCAGUAUCAGCCCCUUCCACAAUUUCUGGCGCGUGUAUCGUCGGAUCUCAAGCCAUUUGUGUCGCAUUGCGAACACUUGCCUUCCAACUACUUUCCCCUUGACUUGCUGCUAUGGCUCUUGCGCCAAGGCGUACUCAUCCAGAUGCAUGUGCACUUGCGCGUAGUUAUCACGGCCAGUGAUCAGCGACGGGCUGUGGAGCUUCGUCGUGAGCGUCGAGAGCGUAUGCUACGCCGCCGUCAAGAGCCUGGUGUGGAUAGCGGGCACGAGUCGGAUCCAGAAAUUCUGACGGAGAAUCUCAUUAAGCAGAUGGACAAGGGCAUCAGUGUCCCAGAGCGGCCUGUGAUAGAGCGCAGGCACUCGCGACAUUCACGAUGCUCGCGCAGUGCUUCGAGCUCGAGCAUCAGCAGCUCGGACGAGGAAUGGCCAUCGGGUCAUUUGUCGUACAGUCGCAACUCGGAUUACUUCCGGUCUGAACUGCGCUCCAAAGUUCGCCAGGGCUUAGAGAUGGAUGAUGAAGAUGAUCGCAUCGAUGACCUUAUCCCGAACGGCGUGCCGCAGCCUAUUGUGAUUCCAGAACCUUCCCGCGCGAAUCGUACGGAAAGCGAGUGGCUAUCUGCUAUGUUUAAAGGGAAACAUCCAUGGUACACACGGUGGUUGAUCCGCCUUUUUCCUUAUCUGAAUGGGCGCCAUAACAUUGAUGAGAUUGUGGCUCGAGAGCGCAUUCGCCGACGCGAUCUCAAGCUCAUCAUGACGGAAUUCGACGCGAACCUUAUCCACUUUUACCAUCCGUAG